AUGCGAAAUAAAUGUCAGCCUCCCUAUAGAAUGUUGGCUCGGCAGUUGUGUCCACGAAUGUGCGCCACGUGUUGCUUCACUAAGGAAUAUAACUGUGAAAAUGCAUCUCCAACACAAAAUUGUAAAGACGAACGACAAGGUUGUGAAGCAAUAAGAGCAUUAAAUAGUUGUGGCGGUGUAUUUCGUACAACAAUGAUGCAACAAUGCGCAUGA